AUGGCGACAACUCUGCACCUCCCACUGCUCCUGCUGUCAGCCUUGGUGGCUUUCUGUGCAGCGAGUGAGAGUUCCAAGCUGAGUGGUAUCUCUCAGAAAACACUGGGUGGCCUGGAGGAUGCUGACAUCCACGAGGAAGGCGUUCGACAGGCUAUAGACUACUCUGUGGGCGUUUACAACCAGGAGAACAACGACCCGCAUUACAGCCGUGCGCGGAGGGUGCUGAGUGCCCGCCAGCAGGUUGUCGCUGGGAUGAAAUACUACUUGGAUUUGGAGAUGGGUCAAACCACCUGCGCUAAGACUCAGUCUGACCUAUCGGAAUGUCCCUUUGAUGAUUCCCAAGAUCAGCAGAGGACCUUCUGCUCCUUCGAGGUCUACAGUGUGCCCUGGCUGCGCCAAAUCUCCGUGAUAGAAUACAGUUGCCACAAUGAGUAA